AUGGAUGGCGGCGCAAAGCAGGAUGAGAUGGCGCGGCGGCUCAAGGCACAGGUCAAGCAGGGUAAGGAGCGACACUACGUCCAGGUUCUCAACAUUGGAGGUGCAGCCAAUGCGGCGAGUACAGACAGAUACAACGAGCGCGAUGACCCCCCGGUUUGGAAGUUUGAAGGAAUCCCUGCUAUCGAUGCCUUUCAGGGACUGGACGUGAACUUUACCAUGAUCUACAUGGAUCAGGCUUUCCCCUUCAUCUUCCCUUUCUACGCUCCUUCGAUGAUACAAGGCGGACGAGCGUGGGUGUUGGACAUCCUAAGGCAUAACAAGACAAUGUUCCACGCAGCAAUGAGCCUCAGCACGUAUUUCUUCACCCUCGUCUUGUCAAGCGAAAACAUGAGCGAGUACCAACUUGAAGGAUAUGCAGGUGAUGCCAUCAAGAACUUGCAGACGGAGGUUCUGGCAAUGAAUCGGCUGGAAUCCAUAUCGUUGAUGCAGAGGGCCCGUGCCAUGCAGAGUAUCGCGCAACAGAUGUUUCUCGAAAUGGCCAUGGCAAAGACGAACGAAUCGAGCAUGCAUUUGGCCGCUGCAAUAUCUAUAUUCGAGGAUAUUCUUGAAGCCAAUAAGGUCAACGACAGAGUCGACAUGAUGAAGAUCAUGGCCCAGCUAGAGAAACAAACAUGGGCACCUCUCACAAACCAGCGCCCCGUCUGGAACACAGAACAAGCUGCCCUCCGCUUUUACUUUGCCACGUUACUCUGGGCGGAUGUCGUGUCCUCUACUUCUCUACAGACAAUGCCUCGACUACGGAAAUACUACCCUGAUCUGCUACCUCAAGAUUACGGAGGUACGGCGACAGAUGGUCUGUUACGUAUGGAGGAAUAUGUAGGCUGUGAGAGCUGGGCGCUUAUUGCUAUCGCUGACACGGCAGCACUCGAUAUUUGGAGACAGGAGGAACAGAGAAAUGACACGUUGAAUGAUGAUGCCCUCAUAAACCGGAAGGAGCAUAUAGAGAGUGUACUUCGAGACGGCUUAAGAAGACUUGAUGAGCGACGCAGCACUCAGGAGACACAGCCUCAGCGCAUCAUUCAGAGAUUUCAUCUAUCCAGCGAUCCAAGACAUCUCAGAAAGCAAGAUGCAGCAACUCGUAUCUGGGCCCACGCCGCCCGAAUAUACCUCUCCAUAGCGACGCUCGGGUGGCAACCAGACAACCCAAGUGUCCGCGAGGGUGCAAGUGCGGUUCUCCGUCUGCUCCAAGAGCUUGAUGACCCUGCGAUUCUACGCAGCGCUGUGUGGCCGUUUUGCGUAGCUGGGUGCGUCGCUACUGUAAGCCAGGAGAAAGGAUUCAGGGAUCUGGUAGCGGCAUCUGGGUCACUGCGGUGUUUCGGAAGGGUAGGAGAUGCGCUGGGGAUUAUGGAGUGUGUUUGGAGAAGAAGGGGAGAACUUGGUGUAGAGUGGGACAUGGCAGCGUGCUUUGAGAUAAUGGGCGCUCCUGUGUUGUUACUAUAAGACCUUCUUGUCGAAGAUAAAUCUGUAAUGGAAUGAUGAGGAAGUUUAACUACUAAUAAAUUCCUAAGGC